CAGCUAUUUAAACACAGGCCUCCUCUCGGCUCUUUCUUAUACACUCCCGACUCCCGUUAUGAUAUCAAAUUAAUUAUUAAUAAGAGUAUUGACGGAAAGAAAGUUACUUGAAUUUAUUAGUUACAACAUGAUAGCUUACUUAGAGCAUUUCGUUCAGGAGAACGAGCCGGAAACCAUGGCGGACACCGACGAAGCUCGUCUCGUAUCCGCCAUGGACCUCCACGGCACAAUCACCUGCCACUCCACCUCCGCCGCUUCCUCCGAUUUCGGCGGCUUGCAUCACACGAAGCCUCUCGCCGUCAUCCGCCCCUCCGGCGCCGACGACAUCUCGAAAGCCGUGAAAUUCGCCGGAAAUUCCGCGAACCUCACCGUCGCCGCCAGAGGCAACGGCCACUCCAUCAACGGCCAGGCCAUGUCCGACGGCGGCUUCGUCGUCGACAUGCGAUCGACGGAGAAUUGCGUGUUCUCCGUCAUGCGCCGCCACCGCGGCGCCGCCGAUUACGUCGCUGACGUCAGCGGGGGUGCGCUGUGGGAGGACGUGCUGAAACGGUGCGUUUCGGAGUUCGGAUUGGCGCCGAGGUCGUGGACGGAUUAUUUAGGGCUGAGCGUUGGCGGAACGUUAUCGAACGCGGGCAUCAGUGGCCAGGCGUUUCGAUACGGUCCGCAAACAUCGAACGUUUUGGAAUUAGAGGUGGUUGAUGGCAACGGAGAUAUCGUAAUUUGUUCAAAAAACCAAAGCUCCGAACUUUUUUAUUCAGUUCUAGGCGGUCUCGGACAAUUCGGUAUCAUCACCCGAGCUCGAGUUUUGCUGCAACAAGCUCCCGAAAUGGUGAAAUGGAUAAGGUUAGUUUACUCCGAGUUCAGCGAGUUCACACAAGACGCCGAGUUUCUGGUGAGUUUGCCAGAUGGUGGUGACUCGUUUGAUUACGUCGAGGGAUUUGCAUUUUGCAACACUGAUGACCCGGUCAAUGGAUAUCAAUCAGUGCUACUCGAUUCCAGCCAGAGAUUCGACCCGACCCGGAUUCCCUGCUCCGCCGGACCGGUUCUUUACUGCCUUGAAGUUGCAUUGCAUUACAGUAAAUCCCAUGAUUCCUCUUCAGUAAAUGCAGUGGUGAAUAGAUUAAUUGGACGACUGAGAUUUGUGGAGGGCUUGAGGUUUGAGAUGGAGCUUAGUUACAUGGAGUUUCUGUUGAGAGUGAAACGUGUCGAACAAGAAGCUAGAUGUAAUGGUAUAUGGGAUUCCCCACACCCCUGGCUCAACUUGUUUGUGUCGAAAAUGCACAUUGCAGAUUUUGAUCGUCUCGUCUUUAAACAAAUCUUGAAUCAUGGGGUCGGUGGACCAAUGCUGGUCUAUCCUCUUCUUCGAUCUAAGUGGGACAGUCGAACAUCAGUGGUGCUACCAGAAGGCGAAAUCUUCUACCUAGUAGCAUUACUGAGAUCUGCUCUGCCGUACCCCAAGGGACCUUCAGUGGACGAACAAGUGUCUCAGAAUCGCGAAAUUAUGAACUGUUGUGUGCGAAAUGGCAUUGAUUUUAAGCUAUACUUCCCUCACUACAAUACUGAAGAAGGAUGGAAGCAGCAUUUCGGUGAUCAAUGGCCGCGAUUUGUAGAGAGGAAGGCUAGAUUUGAUCCCAUGGCUAUUCUUGCACCUGGACAAAAGAUUUUCAGAAGGAACCAUCACCAAUCUUAGCUAGCUAGCUACUUCAUUUGUAUUAGUCUUAAGUGCUGGAGCUCCAUUGCUCUUAUUUUUGUUGUUUUUCCAGUUUAAAGGUCCAAUGCAAUUGAUUAUGGAAACAUUUGUAAUCAGUGUAUAUGAAUUAUCAUCAAAAGUUUUGAUUUUUCUUUUUA